ACAAGGGACAGGACAAGGGGACAUGGCACCAGGAGAGGUUUAGGUUGGACAUCAGGAGGAAUUCCUUCAUGUAAACGGUGAUUAGACACUAGACAACGGGCUGCCCAGCGAGGCGGUGGAGUCCCCAUGCCUGGAGGUGCUUACGGAAAGGCUGCUCGUGGCACUCGGUGCCCUGGUCUGCUUGUCAAGGCGGGGAUCAGCCCCAGGUUGAACUCCAUGAUCUCAGGAGGUCUUUUCCAGCCUUAGCGAUUGACUCCGUGAUUCUAUAGCUGGCCAGCGGGACCUUCCCUGUGGGCAGUAGCGCUGGCACAGCGAUGAGCACCCCGGUCUGUAACUGGUCAGGAGGGCUCGUCACACUCCCAGAGUGGGGUUGUACAGCGGGGCAGGAGCCCCUGCGGGGGUACCCGGGCUGCACAGGGAAGGCUGCGCAAGGAGGGCUGUCCGGCUGAUCCGGCAGCACAGCUCCCGCCGAGCGCUGCCCGCACCUCCCCGGCCAGCCCAGUGGGGAGCAGCACAAGCUGUAUUUAUCCCUCACGCGUGGCUCACAGACCACUAAGUGGUGGUGGAGCAGCACGAGCAGUGGCUGCGCACGCUUCCACCUGGAGUUUGAGCUGGUAAAACACCGAGUCGGGCCAGUUCAGCCUCAGGCGGGCGUGGUUUUGACAUAGCCAAAGCCCUGGCUUCUGUAACUUUGUAGCACACCGGGACAGGAAGAGUCACUGAUAUCAAGCGGACAAGCGCGUACGAGGCGGGGGACCUGUGUCACCAGUGUGAGAGAGGAAUCUCCCAAGUACACUGUGGAUUUUUUCUCUGCGUGUGCUACUGGAUGAUCUACCCUUUACUGACCCACCCAAAAAAAAGGGUCAAACAGAAAUUGCUGACUUCUGCCUUGAAACUGACUGGAUUUUAUGGCCUCUGCUGGAGAAGCUACCUGGACCAUUGGAAAUGAAGCAGCUCGUGCUGCACCUCUGCUGAGCAUGGAAUAUGAGCAUCGAGGUGCCUUAAGUUAAACCAUAUGCAAGUUGCACUAGUUGUUGUAACUGCACUGCUGAAACCACUCCAGACUUCUCCAGGGCUUUCCAAGGCAGUAGCUCCUCACACAGUUUGGAUGUUUCCAAUUGACAUUUGAAUGUUUUCAUCCAGUCUGGCGUGGCUGUGAAAAGCGAGCUUUUCCCUGUGAAGUUCAUGGUGAGUUUUGCAGCCUCACUUCCCAGCGUGGUCUGUGCUAUGGCAGCGACCUACAGGCUGAUGGUGACUUCAGUGAACUGCUACAGCAGCGUGGUGGUAGAGCAGCACUCCCAGCACACUGUGCACUACUGCACAGGCUCCUGCCAGCUCCUCAGACAGGGACUCACCUGCAUAGUUGCUCACCACAGUGUCUGUGCAGAGCUCAGUGUCCAAGAUGCCGACCUGGACCAUAAAAUUCCUGUUCCUGAAAAUGGUCUUGCCUUGGCUGGAAAUGAGGACUAUCACCAAAUCCUCCCAAAUAAUCCAAGAAUCAAGAAAGGCUUUUCAGUGCAAGCCUCCAGCAGUUUAAAAGACAUUACUGGUGAGGCAAUAAACCUUGCCAGUGGUAAAAUAAAGGAAUUCUCCUUUGAAAAGCUCAAAAACUCUUCCAGUCAUGUGGCCUACAGAAAGGGAAGGAAAGUUCGGUCAGAAUCUUUCAGCAGACGAUCCUUUGAUUUUGACUUGAUUUAUGGACACUUUAACAAUGAUGAGAACUGCCCUCCGUGUGGCUUUUUGCAGAGUCCCUCACCUGUGGAGAAAUGGCAGGAGAGCAGUGAUGCUCCAGAAGUCACCAUGAAUCCUGUGGUUCCCUUCUGCCCUCAUUCCUUCCCUGAAGAAAACUUCAUUACCCAGAUUUUAGAAAAACACAAGCUAGAUGGUUCUUCUGGUGGGGAUAUUAAGGUGUGCCUGGACAUCCUGCUCAAGUGCUCAGAGGAUCUGAAAAAGUGCACGGACAUAAUCAAACACUGCAUCAAGAAGAAAUCUGCAGAUGUCGUUGGUGGAGGGAGCAGCAAUGAUCCUUUGGCUAAUUCAGAGAGGAUAUACAUGAAUCUGAUGACAAGAUUUUCUUCCUACCUGAAAAAGCUGCCCUUUGAGCUGAAGACAGCGGGACAGAGGGAAGCGAGUGACUGGGCAGAGCUGAUGAACUGUUUCCAUGGCUUGCAGCAAACUCCCUUUCCCCUGGUAUUUGGUGAUGAGCAGCCACCCAGGUAUGAAGAUAUCAUUCAGCUGCCAUCCUCAAGUGCAGUUCCUCUCGUUCUACCGGGUCAGGGUGAGGUGACAAGCACUUCCCAGUCCAUCCAGACAGGUACUGGGAGCUUCACCUCCAGCUCCCUGCCCGGCGUCCCUCCAGAGAGCAGCGUGAGAGCUCUGAAAGAUGCUCUACCUCAGUCACCAGCCCCGAGCCCUUGCGACUGCACAUCUGCCACCGAGGCGCUGUACAUCGAGGAGGAGUCUGAUGGGGACACAACAGCAGGGACACAGAAGAAGGCAGAGCAGAAGGGGGGCUGGCAGAGCCCGGAGCACAGCUACCAGCGAGCUGCUGGUUCAGACCUUGCUGCUGAUGCUAAAGCAGAGCAGGCCAGGGUGGGAGAUGCUCCUGAGCAAACUGCUCCUUUAAAACCAGCGUCAGACCCUGUGUUGGGUGGUGCCCAAGUUGCUGUCCCCAAAGGAGCCCAGACAUGCAGUAGGGUGGACAAGGAGGAGAUAGACAAACUGCUGCUGGACUUGGAGAGCUUCUCACAGAAAAUGCAGAGUACUCUGAGGGAGCCCUCUCGGAAGGAGGGCGAGCCUGCCUCACUGCAGGUGUCCGGUAGGCAGGGUAGGCAGGCUCCACCUCUGGCUCUUGAACCCAAAAGUAAACCUGCUGAUCCCCCUUCUUCUUUGUCAAAAAUCAUGGAAACCAACGGUCAUAAAAUGGAAGAGGAUGACAAAGCCCUUUUACUGCGUAUCCUGGGAAGCAUCGAGGACUUUGCCCAGGAGCUGGUGGAAUUCCAGACUGGCAAGGGAAGUUUGUCCAAGGAGAGGGAAGUGAUGCAAAUUCUCCAGGAAACUUUAGCAACUCCUUCACAGUCCCUGCUCGCAGGACAAAAAAGCCAGGCUGGGGCUGCCUCCAGAGACUCUGUUCCAGCUUCAAUUCAGCAGGCCCCAGAAGUAAUAAAGGUUCAGAGUAAACAAGAGAAGAAGGCAGGAACUUCAUCCCCAGCCCCCCUGCAGCCUGUGGUUAGCACUUGCACUCCUCUGCCUGUGAAUAAAGCCACCAGCAGUACCCCUGUGCCCAUAAACAUUCCACGUUUCUACUUCCCUAAAGGACUCCCGAAUGUCUGCACUAACCAUGAAGAAAUCAUUGCCAGGAUUGAAGAGGCCUUUACAGAGUUUGAAGAUGGGAAAGCAAACAUCUGUGAUAUGGGGAAAAUUGCUAAGAUCUGUGGCUGCCCACUCUACUGGAAAGCACCUCUGUUCAGUGCAUCUGGGGGAGAGAGGACAGGAUGUGUCUCUGUGCACUCCUUUGUGUCCAUGUGGAGAAAAAUCCUGCGGAGCUGCCACGACGAUGCCUCCAGGUUCACUUCCCUUCUGGCAAAGCCUGGCUGUGACUGCCUACGACAGGAGGAUUUCAUCCCGCUGCUGCAGGAUGUGGUAGAAACUCAUCCUGGCCUCACGUUCCUGAAGGACGCCCCGGAGUUCCAUUCCCGGUAUAUUACAACGGUUAUCCAGAGGAUAUUCUACACAGUCAAUCGAUCCUGGUCGGGGAAGAUCACUCUAACGGAGCUGAGGAAAAGCAACUUCCUGCAAACUCUUGCUCUCUUGGAAGAAGAGGAUGACAUAAAUCAGAUCACAGAUUACUUCUCCUACGAGCACUUUUAUGUCAUAUACUGCAAAUUCUGGGAGCUGGAUACUGACCAUGACCUUUACAUCAGCCAGAAGGACCUGGCUAGGUACAGUGAUCAAGCUUUGUCAAACAGGAUCAUUGAGCGGAUAUUCAGCGGUGCUGUGGUGAGAGGCACUGAAGUUCAAAAGGAAGGGCGCAUGAGUUACGCAGAUUUUGUGUGGCUCCUCAUUUCAGAGGAAGACAAAAGGAGUGCUACAAGCAUCGAGUACUGGUUCCGCUGCAUGGACCUGGACGGGGACGGGGUGCUGUCCAUGUACGAGCUGGAAUACUUCUAUGAGGAGCAGUGUGAGCGCAUGGAGGUGAUGGGCAUUGAGCCGCUGCCCUUCCAGGACCUGCUGUGCCAGAUGCUGGACCUCGUUAAGCCAGAGAGGGAAGGAAGAGUAACCUUGCGAGACCUGAAGAGGUGCAGAAUGGCUCACGUGUUCUUCAACACCUUCUUCAAUUUAGAGAAAUAUCUGGACAAUGAACAGAGGGAUCCCUUUGCAGUGCAAAAGGACAUGGACAGUGACAGCCCCGAGCCCUCCGACUGGGACAGGUACGCGGCUGAGGAGUACGAGAUCCUGGUGGCCGAGGAGUCUGGGAAUGAGCAGCUCCAGGAGGGAUCAUGUGAAGAUGACUAUGACACAGAUGAAGUCUUACCUCCCCCUGAAACUGGAGACAAGUCAGACAAGCUAAUUAUCUCAGAUCUCUGAGCUUAGAGAAGUGGAAGACAGCCCAUGUCUUUCAAACUGGAUAGCAUUCAGUCCCAAGGCACUUGGGGGUUUUCCUUAAAUCUGUCAUUGGAACAAUGUGCUUUAUUUUGUACACUGAAACUUGAGACCCCUUUUUGUCUUCCUGUGUAAUUGCAAUAAGGUAAUUUCUAUGAAAAGGCUUUUUACAAUGUGUUCUCGUGCACACUCACUGAAAAUGGUGAUUGCACCUUGUUUCAUUUAUAUAUAAAUUCUGUGAUGUCCCCAGAUGUGCAAUAAAUGCCAGCAUCUAAUGAUUACCUGUAACAGCUGCAUGCAACAUCUGUAGUGGUCGUUUCUCAGUUCUGUCCUGUGCCACUCUGUCCCCUUGGCUUUAUACCAGGAGUGACAAAAGAGCUGCCAAAUUAACUUAGAUGUGUCUCUAGAAAUCUUUUAAAACACAGGUCAAAGUGACGUUCUUUUUUUCCUUCCUGUCCUGGAAACAAAGGGAACGUGCCUGCACAUGGGGAGAGUGAAGUCCCUUUGUGCCUUGCCCCCAAGCUCUUCCCCUGGCUGCUGGACUGCUUCACUGCUGUGCAUCUGGGAGCAGUUUCAGCACCACACCACAUCAUGCUCUCCUGGAAUUUGAGACAGAAUUACCUUUUCUAGUCCUGUGUCUCCUCCUGUGCUGCUCUGGCUCUGGCCAGAGCUUUGUCUGUGUAGCUUUCUACUUUGUGGAAGUGUUUUGCAGAGUAUUUACAGCAAAUACAGAUCUCUGCUGUUCAGCUGCUGUGUUGAGACUGCUGUGCCUGGUGUGCACCAGUUCCGUCCAUUCCUGUGUUCUCCUCUCCUGUAGCCUUCUUUAACCUGUAGCCAAGAGACUAAGCUGAGAUCAUGAAGAAAAAAAACAACCCCCUCUUUUAACUAGUAAAGGAAUUAGCCUGUAUUAUUGCCAAAAUUAAUUUUUCUCCCAGGCUCAGGGAGGAAAUGCUGUAACUAAUGAAUUCUUGCUUUAAGUGCAAAUUAAACCAAUUUUCUCCCUA